CAUAGUAACCCGGGAAAGCUAACCUCAGAGGCGGGUAGCGACAUUUAUUUCUAGAAAUCUCACAGCAGACCUGGAUAUUUGGUUGCUCUGACAAACACCGAGGCAUCAAAUAUGGGUACAUGUCGGUAGAAAAAGUUGCUAGCUUAGUUGGCACAACUACUAGCUAACAUUCGUUUGCUAACGUUAGCCGGCUAACGUUAGCAAACAGACAGCUGGACGAAACUGAGGAAGAAGUCUGGAGACGUAAGGAUUUCCUCGUCACUGGGAUGUCAGCAUGAAUGCGGACAUCUAGACAUCUUGGAUUGUUUCCCUAAAGCUGAGUGAGAGAGAUGAGGAGCAGCAGGAGGAUUGAGGUGUCUCUGAAAAGCUCUGCUCAGCAGCUUACAGAUCACAAUAAUUGCACAGAGCUGACAACUGCAUGGACAAGUUUGUCCCAGUCCAAAGCUGCUUUGCGGCAUAUCGAAAACCGUCUCGAGGCAGCUCCAGGGACGGGGGUUCUCCUGGACUCGGUCAUGGACCCUCCCAAGAAGAAAUCCACCAGGACCGUUCGCUGCAGGGAUGGUCAACAAGCUGAUGACCACGGAGGGUCUUCAAAGCGUAGGGGACGAUGUCAGCAGAGUCCAGAAAAGAGCAGCUCACGCAGCCCCCUGAGAAAUGCCACACAGGACAGCAAUGUCCGCAGGAACAACAGCGUGGAGUUCAGGGAACCGCUCGCCUCCUACAGAGAGGCCACCCCUCCACCACAUCCCCCCUCUCAGCUGGAGGCCUACAGCCUGCAGUCAGUGCCAGGGUCUUCGCACCCAUCCUCUCCGCCCUCCUCAGAUCCCCUGCUUAGCCAGCUGGUCUACCAGAGAGACACCAGGGACCAACAGACCGACAGGGACCUUGACAGCACACAAUCCUCGGCUCUGGAAAACACAGCGGUCCGCUACCUCAAUGACCAGCCGGCCCUGGACACCGUGAGGACUAUUGGAAACCAGUCCCAUCGCAGAGUACCUGCAUGGGAGGGUAUUGAGGAGGAAAGCACUGCAAAAGCACAACUUGGUAUGGAUAGCCAAGAGUUAAGCCCAUGUCUAGCUCCAGCCCCCGGCUCCACACACAGAAGGGAGAGCACUCCCUCCAUCAGCCCUGGUUCAGCUUCCCAGCGGCUGGAGAACCUAAAGCGACAUCAGCCUGACGAUAAGCUGGAGAAGCUCAAAGAGCGUAUUCGAAGGCAGAGGCAACAUCUGGAGGAGUCUGCAGAGAGAGAGAAGCUGCUGAGUUAUCUGGAUCAGCCCGUAAUGGCAGUUGUGGGGAGUAACAAUGCUGGUACUAGCAACAGACCCACAGCCAAAAUACGGAAAGUAACAGCUGCGCCGCCUGCACCAAUAUACAAAGGUUUCAACAGUACUGAGACAAAGAUCCGGACUGCUGAUGGCAGAGUUUGGAAGGAGGAGGAGUUCCAUAACCUCAGCAGAGAAAUAUACAGAGACUUGUCACGACAGUUUGCUGAGAGCACCAGAUCCAGACAUCAGCAGCAGAGGGAACAGAGAGCAGACAGGUCCAAAGAGAGGAGGCCCCCCAAACCAGUCAGGAAGGUGCACAGAGCUGCCCCUUCAUCUGACCUUAAUGCAAAACCAGUGAUUAGCCCUGCAUCAUGGCGGGAGGGCCAAAAGCUGGUAAAGAUGGUGCUGGGUCCAGUUCCCAGGCUGCCCAGGGAGGAGGACAGAUCCCAGCCAGCUGACAGACUGAGCAGAACAGCUUCCCGUCACCGCUCCAGUUCAGACCCACGCUCAGAUUCAAACCCACGGCUUCGCCCGAACAGCACAGAAAGGCCUCGACGUGGAGUUCAAUCCAAAAGCCACUCCGCAAACACACCUACACCCCCAUCUGCAGAUCGGGAGAAGGCUCCAGUGGGAGCGGGCACGGACCUGUUGUCAGCAGACAUCCAGGGGAUACUUGACGACCUUCAGCUGGAGUGUAAAGCAGCUGAGCGGGAGGAGAGGUCCCGGCAAAGGUCCCGAGGAGGACGCAGCGGUACGAGAGGGAGAGGCGGAUCGGGGUCACGAACAAGGGCUCCGGUCUCUGUUUGGGGAACUACGGUGGCAACAGGUAGCUCCUCAAGAGGCUGCCGCAGCGCCAGCCUUGCUGCACACCCAUCUGCUGACACUGGGCAGAAAAAACGACACUAUGACGCAGACACGGUUCGCCAAUACAUUUCCAGGCAACAAGAGAAUAGAAAGAGGCAGCGGGCAGAAGAGAAGAAGGCACUGAAAGAAGAGGCUGAGAGCAGAAACCAGAGAUUGAAGGACCUCUACAGGAAGCAAAGAGAAGCGGCUAAAACAGUGGCGCUUCCUAGCGAGGCCCCUGGUCAUGUGGCCCCGGCGCAAAAGCGACUACAGGAGACCUACACCAAACUGCUUCUGGAGGGUGCUCAGCUGGAGGAGGAGGCUACACUUGCUGCUCCUUCUAGUCGAAUGAGACCGAUGUACCAGCCCUCAGGAGAGUCGGACAAAGAGAACAAAAGACUAGAGGCACCACCGAGUCCCUCGAGCAGUGACAGGUCUUUGAAUGACCAGCCACCUCCACCAUUAUCCAGGAAUGAUCUUCAGCCUGACCGUCUGAGCCCAGCUGUUCAACCUACGACUGGUCCCAGCGGCAGUGGGCUAGCACCUUUCGGUGAUCAUCUCCUCUCUCAGCUUCUCAGGCUGGAGACUGCAAUAGCAGCUAGUGACCUCAGGCACACUGAGCGGCCAGCCGCAGCGCCUUCCAACAGGUCGCAGUGCAAGAUGUCCCGCAUUGAGGCCCUCAAGGCCACAGCCGCAUCCCUCUCCAACCGUAUAGAAAGUGAGGCACGGAAGCUUGCCGGGGAGGGGAUCAACUAUGGCAUUGAAACUUCAAUGGACGUGGAUAUUAUUAGACCCUCUCAAUCUAAUCGUGAUGAUGCCUGCCGGGCUGAAACAGCUGCCCCAGAAAAUGAUGACGUAGCCUUGAGGAUCCAGAGGAUUUUAACUAGCACGGGUCAUAGUUCAUACAAUGGCACCGCUCUUCCAGGAACAGGCAAUCUGCACGCCCUCAGGGGACUGAAAGAAAAGAAAGACACACACACCAAUUUGACUAAAAAGCAAACAACUUCUGCUGAUGUAAGAGGGCAAAUACUCAACAGUUACACACCUGACAGGAAGAGGCUAGCCAAUGGGCUGGACAAGGUAGAGAGAGCGGAACAAAGGAUAGGGUGUGGAUUGAUGGAUAACGAGGAUAAGAAUCGGACAGAUCUCCAUGACUCGAGCGCUGGUUCCAUCAGCGAGGGUCCUAUUCUGAGUGAAGGGAGUUUUUCUGAGGACGAGGCGAGCCCUCCUCACCUCUCCAACAGUCGUGUACCUAGAUUGGCAGACCGCCUGAGAGCGGUGGACUACUGCGUGGGUCAAAGACGGGAUUACCAGCGAUUGUCAGAGUUCCAGAGAGAGGCAGCGAAGUACUCGGCCCUCAGCUCUCCCUUUGCACAGCAUGACGGUAGCAAAGCAGCCUGGGAGGAGCUGAACAAAGGAAGCCCUCUCAGUGUAAUCAACAUUUUCACCAAGAAUCUCCAUGGCUACGUUCCAGCUCAACCUUGUCCUGCAGUGAGCGAGAGGAACUCUCCCUCUGCCCAGUUGUUACACUCUGGAAAUGGUCCCGUCGACGCAGCCAUCUAUGAAGAUGAUUUUGUGUCCUCACAUAGCAGCGGAGCCAGUGGUCAGUUAAAGAGAGGCUCCAAUUCCCACAGCCAUUUUGAGGAGCUGAUGAGGAGGUCCCCUUUUGACAAAAGUAUAGGAGGCAUCAACUCCCACCAUUCAUCUAUUCACUCACCACUUCCAUCCUCUGGUUCAACAUCUGGCUCCUCACCCUUCUCCAGGCACUCUGCCCGAAAAAGAGGCACAGCAUCAGACCAGAGUGAUGCCACUCUGGUAGAAGAGCCGAGGAGUUCCUGCUCUCCUCCCUCAGAUGCCUUAUCUUCUGACUCCAGGAAGAGGGCCUCAGACCAAAGCUCUGCCCACAGCCAGAGUGUCCACUCUGAUGACACUAUAGGGGAAACUUCAGGGCUUUCUCAACAAAGUCUGGGUCUUGACAGUAAGAAGUCUCCGGCAGCGAGGCCCAAAAAGGCUUCUCCGUCUGGCUCUCCAUACCGUGGUUCUCCUCUGGAAGCAGGCUCUCCCAGUGAGCCUGGGAGAAAUGUCUCUCUGGGGGCAAAUAAUCCAAACCCAGGCACCGCAGCUCGCAGUGGUCGAGCAGAGACCACGACCACAGGUGAACAACAGUAUUCACCUGCUGUCUUGCAGCAGCGUAUGGCGGUCGAGCUCCAGUACCUGGAGUCCGUUGAGGAGUCAGUCCGACAGCUGGGAGACGUGGAGAGGGUGAUGAGUGUGUCCAUGGCUCAGCAGGAGAGCGUGUCAUUGGCCCAGAUGCUCAAGGCCAGGCAGCAGUGCCAUGCGCGUGACCUCUAUGAGCUGAAGAUCAAGGCUGAAAGGGAAGCCCUGGAGACGCAGCUACAGCUGGAGGAAAACAGGCAGAGAGUGUCCAGGGCUCAUAUAGAACUGCAGGAAAACUUGGCGGCAAAUCAAAAAGAGACCUUGGAGGGCCUCCAGGAGGCAACUACCAAGCUGAUGACUCAACAGGCUGAGGCAGCACGGUACACAGCUGACACUGCCCGACACAUCAAAGAGAUGACCGAAUUGGCGCGGUCGCAGAUAACCGGAGCUUUGGUUGUCCCCCCUGAUGUUUCGGAUUCCUCCAUGGAGCGUGAAGAACCGCAGAGCUCCUAUUCAAAGCAGCGAAAGGACAAAAAUGACUCUGACAGCUUCCCGAGUGAGGUGUCGAGCAGGCAGACCAGGCCAGAAGAACCGUUGUCUUCGCUGAACAGCGCCAGUCACUCUGAUUCGCUGUCCUUCAGAAGACCAAACCUCAGUGGAGCAGACUCUAGCAGUCAACAUAGCCCGCCGCAGGCCUCACCAGAGCACAGAGAACGGACGAAAAAAGAAGCAGUAGAGGGGAAACGGAAGAAAGGAGGAGCUGAAGUAAGGGCAGAGAGGGAAGCCGGCAGCAGCUCCAUAGAGGAGGAAGUUCUAACAGCAGCAAAUGACUCCCUCUGCAGUGACAGCAUCCCCUCUGCAGUGGAUGAGAAAGGAUACAGUACGUCAGUGGCAACGGAGUACUCCCUCAAAUUCGAUGAGUCCAUGACGGAGGAUGAGAUAGAAGAGCGUUCCUUCCGCUCUCUGCUGCCAUCUGAGGCGCACCGCCGUGGGACUAUGGAGAAGAAGUCCCGCCACCAUGAGGAAUCAGAAGAUGAUGGAGCCAAUCACAACACGACAUUGGUUUCAGGGGCACACAAUAUCUCAAAGGAUGCAAACAUGGCCUUUUCUGGCGGACAGGACAGCUUUUCCCAGUUCACCAUGGACAUGGUGCGUCAGUACAUGAAGGACGAGGAGGUGAGACUGCAGCACCAGAGCUCUCUGCUGCAUCUUCGCCAGAAAGCUGUCAAAGAGAAGACCAGAACUGAGCUGGCCUGGCUGGAGCACCAGAAAAAGAGGCUGAGGGACAAGGGCGAGGAUGACAAAAUGCCCCCCAUCAGGAAGAAACAGAGGGGCCUCCUGAUGAAACUACAGCAGGAACAGGCUGAGAUCAAGCGACUUCAGGAGGCCAACAAAGCAGCCAGGAAGGAGAGGCAGCUGUUGCUGAAGCAGCAGGAGGAGAUUGAGCGGAUGAGAAACUCUACACUCCGACUGAAAGAGCGUCUCAAAUAUGCUGGGGAUGAAGCGCCAUCUGAGACUCCCGUUUCGGACGCAUCCGUUUCCCAGGCAGCCUCCCCCAACAUGAGCCACCCUGAUGACGUCCGCUGCUCCUCUCCCUCGCUCUCCAUCUCUGGAAGUGAGACCAGCAGCAUCAUGCAGAAGCUCAAGAAGAUGCGCUCUCACAAGGAUGAGAAACACUGCUCUCCUGUCCACUACUUCCUUUCUGUGUUCACGGCCCACCACUGGGCCUCCCUCAGUGUCUGUCUCCCUAACCUCCACCCUAAAUUCCAGCUUUUUAUCUACAACCAGUUGGUCAGGUUCCUGACAAAGCGGGAGCAGCAGCUAAUGCAGCGGCGUCACCAUGCCGAGGAGCUGCUGCAGUGGAAACAGCGUCUGGACCAGGAGGAGGCAGAGGUCCAUAGGAUGGAAAAGGAGGCCCUGGCUGUAUGGGACAGGCAAACACCUCGGGACAUGUCAGAGAGCCAUGAAAAGGAGAUCUCCGAAAUUAGCCCCACCCCCAGUCACCAUCGCAGCUCAGAGCAUAAAACUGACUCCAAGAAAGAGAUUGUGAGUGAAGGCGACGGUUCCUCAGUGACACCUGAGUCCAGUAUACACACAGAUGGACAUGUGUCCCAGCAACCAGGAAGCCCAUCUUCAGUACCACCUGUGUCAACCUCUGAAACCUCAGCGAGGAGCAGCCAUGCACAUUACACCCAGGACUUCACUUCAGCUUCCCGGUCACCUAGCAGACAAUCUCCACUCAAAGGCAGCCACAGCCCUGCUGCCUCUCCUUCAGAUGGCAGCAGCAAAACCAAGAUGCAGCUUUUCUCCUCGUCCCGGACCACCAACCAGGCCCGAGCUCAGCCAACUGAAUCCCCCAUGCUGAUGCAGACUGAACCCAUUUCAGACCAAAGUGACAUCGAGAGCCGUAUCAAGGCCCUGAAGGAAGAAGUCAGAAAACGAAAGUUAAUGGCUUAUCAGCUAAAGAAAGAGCAGAAGAAGAGGAACAAGGAGCGCCUGAAGGCACAGGAGGCCAGCCUACUGAAGCAGCUGGAGAGCUAUGAUAACUUAAUUGAGAAAACAAAAGCAGAACUGAACAAGGAGCCAGACUCAACACCUGAUACACAGUCCCAAAUCAAAGAUUCCACCUCAAUCACUGAGCAGAGCAGCAUUAAACCUGCUCACAGCGAAUCCUUCUUUCUCAGGUCUGAAACCAGCAAAAUCUCUCAAAAGACGCAAAGUGAUGCUUCUUUGGAUCAUAAUGCCCUACCUCAAGUUGAUCAUAGUAGAUCCACCUCAGUGCCUGAAGAAAUGUAUGAUGAAGACCCACCAACAGUCACGCCAACCCCGAUGGAUGGCAGCCCAGAGUGUCCGCCCUUAAGACCGAGGAGCCGCCUGUCCACAGAGGAACUUUUAAGACCUUCCUCUAAGGAGGCCCAGACACAGAUGAUUGGGUCUGGGGAUGAGAACAUUGUGCCCUAUCAAAUAAGUGACAUUCAGGAUGAGCUGGCAGAAGUAAGCUCCACGUUGGAGGAUCCACAUUCUGAACAUCUUCUCAAACUACAAAAGGAAGACAAGCUCGACUCCCAAGAGAAGCUCUCUGCAACUAAAGAUGUUUCCUCUUACAAGGGCGAAGAACAUCGACAUUCUCCAUCUGUUAGCAUAGAACAUGAUCAAAUAAGGGCACAGGAAACAUCUGAGGCUGAAGAAGCUGUACAAUCUGAUACAUCCUUCAACAAGUCGCAGUCGGCUGCAUCCAGUGACCGGCCCUGCUCUCCCAACUCUGUUGCCUUCUCUUCAAAGAAGGAGGCACCCAAAAAGGAUGCUGAGGUCUCUUCACCGAUAGUAGAUGGUUAUCAUGAUGACUUUGAGUCUUCAGUGGAUUCUUCACCCAGAGAGGUGCGUAGUAGGCCUGCCUCUCACAUCUCAGUUUCCCCUACAGAGAUCAAGGGCUCCCCUAGCAGAGCCACACCAUAUGGCAGCCACGAUGAGGAGGUAGAGGAGGAAAUAGCUGAAGAGCUGAGUCAGCAUUCAGGGACUAGUGGAGCCACUCACCAAUCUGUGAGACUUCUGGAUCUGCAUAACCACACCGAAGACUCCAAACAUGACGGCAAGGAUAUUGUUAAUUCUAGCCACUCGCCACCCAUUUUGCCUGUUGCUGAUGAAAUGCCAAGUUUUCGCAUCGCAGAUCGAGUUCUUGUUGGAGGUGUACAGCCGGGGACUCUGAGAUUCAAAGGUCCAACCAGCUUUGCUAAUGGCUUCUGGGCUGGCGUGGAGUUGGAUAAGUCUGAGGGGAGCAACAACGGCACUUAUGAUGGGGUGGUAUACUUUGAAUGUGUUGAGAGCCAUGGCAUCUUCGCUCCUCCAGACAAGAUUACAAACCUGCCAGACAAGUUUGAGGUCUACACAGACGCCACGGAGGAUGAGAACUCGUUCUUUGAUGGUCUAUCAGAUAAAGAUGGGGAUGAACGUAAAACAGAUGAGCACAAAUCCACAAAACAAGGGAAUCUGAACAUUAAGGAUGAACAAACAUCUAACGAGAUCUAUGGGCCUGGAGAUAAAAACAUAACGGAUGAGUCUGUUCACAAGACUGGGUCCCACCUCAAUUCGCAGCAUCACAAAGAAUCCAAGCCUCCCAUUUUUAAUGGCAACACUCAGGACAUCAUGUUGGAUUUUGAAGAUGCACCAACCACCAUCCUCAUCUCUGACAUGGACAAGAUUGUCCUUGGGAAGCAGAGUCGGGCGGACAUUACUACCCUUGUUGACAGCGAAGAAGUAGACUCAAAACACCGGUUUGGUCCUGCUGAUCUUUCUACAGAUAUCGGGGAUGAUUCGAGAGAACAGAAAGACGGAGACUUACUGGACACAUUUGCAGACGACCUCCUCAACAACUGUGUGAAAGACACGUUGGCGCAGUUUGUCCAAAUUAAAAAGGCUAAAGAGCAGAAGAUAGAAGCGGCCAACCAGAUGAAUAGAGACCUGUUUAGGGACAAUGUUGAAGAAGAAGAAGAUUUUUUCUCUUCAGUGCAACAAAAAGAUGGUCUUCCCUUCUUCCUACCUAGAGAAGAACGAGAGCUGUCUUCUCCAGAGCUGUGUAACCAACCGCAGAGUCCAGUGUUGGGGGCCAGCGGUCAGGAGGAGCUCGCCAAGCGACUAGCGGAGCUGGAACUGAGCCGUGAACUGCUCGAUGAGCUGGGUGACGACCAGGACUGGUUUGAUGAGGACUUUGGCCUCAGCUCGCGCAGAGAAAAGCAGAGACUCAAACAAAGGGAAGAGGAAGAGGAGGACGGGAGGCUGGGGAGGUCUGACCCAUCAGUCGGAGCAGCCCUGGGGGGGCUGGUCUCAUACCCAGGCGGGGAACAGCAGGUUAAGACUCCCCCUAGACCUGAGCUACCCCUCCCCCUGCCCCCUAAACUACCUGAGCAGCCUGCUAUGGUUGUGCCCCACUCCGCCACAGAGGUGGAGAAGAUGGUCCAUGCUGCUGCUCAGGAGAUCUGGGAGAACUGUGGCCUGGGGAAGGAGGGAGCCCUGACCCUGUCACAGCUGCCAAACCCCAAACCUUCACAAGAGUAUCUGGGUAAAGAGGCCAGCAGCCAGGACCCGGAGGUCCUGUGUGUCCGCAGCUACAGAAAGGCUGUGUAUGACCUGACGUGGGAGAUGCUUCAGGAGAUCUACACUGAGGACCCCAACGCUGAUCAGCCUCAGUGGGUCAAACCACGUCGGGUUAAGUCCUCCUUCUUCCACAGAGUGAAGACACCAGGAGACCUCGCCAAAAUCCAGGAAUUCAUCUCAGCAGAAGUACUAAAACUGUACGGUCUGACGAAAGAUCACAGCCAGAAGACUGACUGGCAGAAGAUGCUCAAAUUUGGCAAAAAGAAGCGAGACAGAGUCGAUCACAUUCUGGUUCAGGAACUCCACGAGGAGGAAGCCCAGUGGGUCAACUAUGACGAGGACGAGCUGUUUGUCAAGAUGCAGCUGGCGGACAGCAUCUUCGACGCUCUGCUGACGGACACUGCUAACGUGCUCACGCUGAUCUACGACAAGAGGGCCAGAACAGAAAACCCCCUCUCCUGACAGCUUUCCUGUUUAGAUUUUAAACUACAACCUCUAGCUCAACCCCAGUCUUCCCCCACCCUAAUAAAGUCCAGCCAACUUCCCGCCACUCUGUCUUCCACCAGCUGAUGUGCCAACAGCAACCCCGAGAUGCCUUCAGUCCCAGCAUUACCUCUCAGCUAAACUCCUCCUACUUAUUUCUGUGACAUUAACUUGCUGAAUUUAGCUUCAGCUAACUGUCGUGGGGAUAUGAUUGGUUCUACACACAAAACGCCUCUUGAGCAAUCCAGCCUUCUGAAACCUUAUUAACACCACCUUGUCUCAGUUCUCACCUCCUGGACUGGUCCUUUUUGGAAAUUCCAGUUGGAGAAUGAGUAGAUGUUUUGAUGGGAUAGUUUGCGCAAUUUUUUUCUGCACUUAAUGUCCAUUAUUGCUGCUAAAUUGAUCCUUCUAUAGGGGACUGUAAAUGAAUAUCCAACUGGAACACACGGUCGGUUCUAGGUUGUCAUAUUUUGUAUUGAAUCUUAAAGUAAAUAUAUGUAUGGAUUCACAAAUUGUAAUAGAGUAAUAGAUACAUAAUAUACAAUGUAGUGCAUAAAUGACUUACUUGACAGUGACACAUUAUGGUGUUUGCUUUGUAAUCCAGUUCAUUGAAAUUAAAUGAUGACUAUGAGGUUAAACUUUUAGCUGUAAUUUGAGGGUUUUUACAUUCUCUGUGGGUGAUAAGCCCUCCAUUCAAGGCAUUUGUAAGCCUGCCUUAAGUAUAAAAAUAAAAUGUAAAAGUCCUACUGACAUUGCAGCCAUUCACUUUUUCAGGGGCUUCUGACUCAGUCAGUCAGUGUUCGGCUCUAAAGCCCCUCGGUUGCUUUGGCUGCAUGUUUUGCAUCCUCGUCCUGCUGCAUUGACUUUAAAUCAGAGGGCUUUGCAUAGAUUAAACAAUGAGUCAGCACUUUAACUUUAUAAUCAUUGUUAAAUUUUACAUCUGGUGGGCUGGAAGAGAGUUAGAAAAAUAGAAAUGGUCACAGAUUAAAUAUUGUCCGACUGCUUUAUAAGAUCGUCACUGAGAUCACAUAUUGUAUGAAGCAUUUUGCCUCCAUAAUUAUAUUAUUUAUUGCGUUAAAAUGUUUGAUUUUGAGGAGUACGAACAUUUUGAAAUGUAAAUGAUCUUGUCAACAUAUAAAGAAGAGAUUUUAACAUUUAAUGAAAUUGUAAAAAGCACAAAAAGGAAAUGUGAAUGUGAACACAGCAAUAUAUUAUGUAGGAGGUUUAAAGAAUGCUCGUGAAAUGAGAAAAGGAAGACGGGGAGAAAACCGGUUUUCCUUUUUCUACGUUGUAAUGUUAAUUAUUCAUUGAAACUGUUCUGUAGGACUUUUAUUGUGGCCACAACUGUCUAGUUGUCGACAUUUUGUACGUUCAGUUUGAAAAUGUCUCAUACAACCAGCAAGAAAAGGUUUCUCCAGUCAUUUGUGUUUUUGUCCUCUUUUUCUGUGCUUUACCUGGAGCUUUUGUACCCCAUUCAAUAUUGUUUUUGUGUAUGCAUUUGCGGACAAACCUGUCCAUCAACGCUUUGUUCCAAAAUCAAGUAAUUGUUUCAUCGAUGCUGGUAUUUUAUAAAUUAGUUUUUCUCUCUCACAAAACACAGAAUGAAUAUAUAGUCUGCACGUGGUACACAAAAGAAGAAUCGCAUCACAGGACGGAACUGAGAUGCUGGAUUUAAGCCUUACUUUUCCAACAGGCACUGUACUUUCUAUGACCUGAGAAGACAUGUGGUGUUCCUGUUCCUUCCAUCAGUUGUAAAUGUAGCCAGCUGAACUUUGUCUCAAAAAACAUUGGGUUGUGUAGAAGCAUGUUGAACGAUUUGGCUUUACAGAAGUCGGCAAGUUCAAACCGGCCGUCAGAAUGUCGUCGGGCAGCAGAGGGAGCCUCUCCGCAUUCAGUUCAAGUGCCUCUUGAGUUGUAGAUUCAUAACAAACUUUGUGAACGUCUCAACACCCUUUGGACCUAUUUUCUUUAAAUGUCUCUUCCAACAACUUUCUCCUACCUUUUUUUUUCUCUAAAUGAUCCUUACAUGGUUACUUUUCCCUCUCAACCAGUUUUUGUCAAUUCUUCAGUUUCUGCCUUAUCACUCUUUCUGUAUUGAAGCAUAGUUGAGAGUUUUUCAAACUUUCUCAUUGUGUCUGUGCUCAGUCUGAAGAAAUGUGUGUGCGAACAGAAUCACUGACUCACUCUCUAAAUGUCACCUGCUUCUUGUCCACGUCGCCCUUUCAUCUGUGUAUAUUUACACAGUUGAGUCACGUUAUAAAGUGUAUCAGGAACUAGAUUGUUGACACUCCAGACACACACACAUACACACACACAGACACACACAGUCAGUUAUCAAGCUGAUGAAACUGAGCACGUACACCGUAUCAAAGGGAUUGUUUUAGUCCUCAGUCGGUGCUGCGUUGAUCCAACAAACUCCAGACUCAUUCUGAUCGAGCAUUUAAUCUUCACUGACAUUUUGAAGCUAAAGUGACCUUAAACUGAGUCUUUUUAUCUUUCUUUUUUGAAUCAAUAUUUAAAGAGUUGCUGUGGUGUAUGCUCAAAAAUGUAAAUUAUAUAAUGUAGAAAAAGACCAAAACAUUGACACCAAUUUAUCCAUGCUGUAUGAAUUGUAUGUCGGGGCUGUAGGCAUACGUAAUUGUGACGGAGACAUAAUUAGUCCUUUUGAAUCUCUUUGCAAGGCUUUAUUGCAAAACCCUCUCGGGUUGUCCUCUUGAAUUGAUUGUAUAUAGGAGGCAGAUGGAGCCCCUUCAUAACUAUGCAGCACUUGGUCUUAUGCAUCGCUUCAUAUGUGUGGACCAAACAGCUUCGACUUCUCCCGAGUCUGUAGAUUACUGACAGUCAAGAAGCGUACAGCUCUCAAAUGGAGAUCUGCUCAUCUGAGGUCUGUUUCCUUCACAGGGAGGUGGAGCAACUUUACCUUUUUAAUAGCGAUUAAUAUGAAGAACUGAAUAAAACAUACUAAAGGCACAAAAGAUUGGAUUAUCAAAUUAACCCAGUUAGAAUAGAUUUCUCACUUCAUAUUUUAAUAUGUUGAUGAAUAUUUAUAAUAAUGUGCUGUGAGUGUGUGCCAAGUGCACUUGAAGACUUGUACAAUUAUUUUAUGGGUGUAAAUAUACUGUCUGUCCUAUGUGACCCACUGUUACUGUAACCUGAACGAUUGUUGUAAGAUAAAUACUAUAUAUACUUUGCAAAUAUGUGCAAAAUAUAUAUUUGUUCACUAAAUGAACUUUGAAAUUGUAAAUAAAGCUUCCAUUGUUUCUAAAGGAA